UUUUCUUAGCGACAUACAUUUACUCAACCCAUAAGUCGUCAACGGCCCAACGAAUAUGGAUGGUUACGAGAAAGCCAUACAAAGACGCGCUCCUAACCGACCCAAUUAGAGAGAACACACGCGUAUUAAGGGUUUCACACGUACCAAAAAUCCAUGUUAUAUAAAGAAACCUAGGUCACGUUAAUUUCUCAUCACCAUUGCUUUGUUUUGUUCGUCAAAAAAAUCAAUUUUAAAUUUCUUCUCUUCUUCUUCAAACGAAUCGCCUUUUCGAUAAUCUCUUUGCAUCGAUUCGAUCAUGGCUACUCAAACGGAUCUCGCUCAGCCCAAACUUGAUAUGACCAAGGAGGAGAAAGAGAGGUUGAAGUAUUUGCAAUUCGUGCAAGCUGCUGCUGUUGAAGCUCUGCUUCGCUUUGCUCUUAUUUACGCUAAGGCAAAGGACAAGUCUGGUCCUUUGAAACCUGGUGUUGAAUCUGUUGAAGGAGCUGUCAAGACUGUCGUUGGUCCUGUCUACGAGAAAUACCACGACGUCCCUGUUGAGGUCCUUAAAUACAUGGACCAGAAGGUUGAUAUGUCUGUGACCGAGCUUGACCGUCGUGUCCCACCAGUUGUCAAGCAAGUGUCUGCCCAAGCCAUCUCAGCUGCUCAGAUAGCACCCAUUGUGGCCCGUGCGUUGGCCUCUGAGGUGCGACGUGCUGGUGUUGUUGAAACCGCUUCUGGAAUGGCUAAAUCCGUCUACACCAAGUACGAACCUGCUGCUAAGGAGUUGUAUGCAAACUAUGAGCCGAAAGCAGAGCAGUGUGCCGUUUCAGCUUGGAAGAAGCUGAACCAGCUUCCUCUGUUCCCAAGGCUGGCUCAAGUUGCUGUACCAACAGCUGCUUUCUGCUCUGAGAAGUACAAUGAUACUGUGGUUAAGGCUGCAGAGAAAGGGUACAGAGUCACAUCGUACAUGCCAUUGGUUCCAACAGAGAGGAUCUCAAAAAUCUUCGCUGAGGAGAAAGCUGAGACCGAGCCUUUGGAGUUCCAUCCACUUGAUUGAUAUGGGUGUUUUGUUAGUGUGAUUUAUGGUUUUGUUGGGAUUAAGGUGAACCGGAUCUUGGUUAGCGAUUGAUCUCUGGUUCUCGUUCUUUUGUUUUUUUUCAUCAUGAACUUUCGUUGUUUCGUUUAAUAAUCAAAAGUUGUAUAAUCUAAGUUUGGGAUUAUUGAUUGUGUAAAA